UAUAUAAUCAAGGAAAUAGGCAUGUAUAUUAUCCACUCAAGCUCUCAACCAGUGAAUUAGAAAGAAAUUAUGAUCCUGAAAACCUUUCAUUGAGAACACAUGAAGGUUAUAUACAAGAUGUUAUAGCUAUAGAAGUUGUAAAUAAAUCAUUACGCAAACGUGAAAUACAAAAAAGAGGUGUAAAUGGUCGAAGUAUUUUGUUUGAGCUUAAAUCAAUAAAGUUUCCAACUUCAUUCCCUGUUGAUAUUAUGCAUGGAUUGUUUGAAAAUAUUGCACCAGCAAUGCUUCAACACUGGACUGGUACUUUUUUCAAAGAAAAUCAAGACAAUAAUUAUGAUUAUAUUCUUUCUAGUAAAAUUUGGACAGAAAUUGGAAAUAUAAUGGAGAAAAAUAAAAAGAAUAUGCCACUGGAUUUUGGGCAUCCACCUAUUGAUAUUCAACGAUAUUCAGCUUUAUUCAAAGCAGAAGAUUGGUCAAAUUGGGUGAUUUUAUACUCACUACCAUUAUUACAAGAUUAUCUUUCAGAAAU